AUGGAAACGGCCGACCCUCCUCACCAGGAUAGUGCUGUGCACACUAUUUCCGAUGAUACAAAUGACCAACCACACAUUAUUCUCAAGGCUGGUGACAGCCAGUCAAAAUAUGUUCAAACCCUCGAGGAGCGACUAGCCGAGCUCGAAAAGAGGUUCGAGGAGCUUUCCCGGAAAAAGACCGGAACCCCAAGUGAAGCGGGCUCCAGUGACACUUCCAGAGAUGACGACAAUACCGAAGAGAAGAAAGAAGAAGAGAAAGAGGAGAAAAAGGAGAAACCCACCUGUGUGAUCGUUCCAAAGGCGCGCAAGCUUAAUUAUAUCAAUUUCGUCAACCGGUUUCCCAUGCAGACCGAGAUCCCGGUGGUAGAGGCAGCCAUGGUCAAUACUACGUUGGAGGCUGCGGAAAAAGAGGAGAGUGACUGGGUUCCCGACAAACCAAAUGGUGACGCCGAAAGGGGAUUACGCGACAUGAUGGAGAAGAAUGAGUACAAAAAAGAUGCAUGGAUGGCGAGGAUUCGAAUCAACUCUGUGCCCUUGGUAGAGGAAGUAAUGAAAGUCCUAGAUAAAUCGGAGAAAUUCUCCGAAAGUCUGACUUUUCUUCAUCCUUUUGACCCUUUAGUCAAUGCCUAUGACAAGCUCAAAAUGCGGCUGCAUGAAUUACAAGAGGCCUUGGGUACUCAGCAGGAUGAAUCCAAAGCGAGUGGUGAUGUGGAAGGCGAUGAUAAAGCCGAUGCCACCGAAGAGACCAACCCCAACAAAAUACAACCUACUGAGCUUGCUCCUCUGAUGGAAACUUUGCUUCAGUUUCUCGAGGAUGAGGUUAUCCCCCUUUCACCGAAGAAUGGCACAAAGAUUAGGUUUGCAUACCUACCAUACAUCUUCAAGCUAGGUGAUACCCUCUUCGUCUCAGGUGCGGAAAAAGGAUCCAGGACCAACCCAGACGCCUUAAUCCGUCGAACUGAUCAACGUCUGUGGCGGCUAUAUCGCAUCAAGAGGGCCGGCAAGGACAAAAAGGAUAGCUUUUUGGUCAAGGCAUAUGCCAUUGAUUAUGACGGGGAGAAUUACAUCUGUCAAAAGAGAAAGUUCUGGAUCCCGCCCUACGAUGGAGAACAAGAGAUCUCAAGUUUGGUGGUAUUUCCUCUCAAAUAUCUUGAGAAUGCCGAGCAGAUUCGAGUCGACACACGUGCCCAGGGGAAGAAGUUUGUGGAGUACCAACAAGGACUUCUCACUCAUCUAGGCUGGGGCGCUGAUCUCGAGACGGGGGAUGAUAGUUCUCAGCUGCAGUAUGUCUCUGGUGAUGUCGUCGUAGACAUGGCCGAGGCAACUAGCAAAUACCCCCGGUGGGUUUCAGACUGGGAAUUCCCCAAAUAUGUGCCAAAUGAACGAGAUCCCGACACAUACGACUUCUGGGAAUGGGUAAUUGUCGGAAAGAAAAGCGAGGGGACAUCGAAAAAGACCAGAUACUGGACAAACGAGUAUUCGCGACUGCAAAAACUAACAUAUUGCUCUGAGACCGAUCCUUUCCUCUCUCACGGGCUCAAAUUCAAGCACGAGAAAUAUCACCUGCAAGAACAGGACUUUGAACUGCUCCCGCGCAGAGUGUUUGGAUAUGUGUUGGAGAAACGAAAAUUCCUGGCACUCGACAUCAAGAACCUGGAGCUGAUCAAGAGUAAUGACAUGAACGACUCAAAGCUCGUUCUUGACCCGCACAAUAAACUUAUGCUGAACGGGCUUAUCGACUCGCACUUCCAAAAGAAAGAUCUACGCGAGAGACACAGAGCCUCCAACAUCGACCAAGACUUUAUUGCGAACAAAGGACGAGGGCUUAUCAUUCUCUUAUACGGCGUGCCGGGGGUGGGUAAAACUUCCACAGCGGAGCAAAUUGCACAUUUCUGGAAAAAGCCACUUUUACCGGUGACUUGUGGAAAUUUGGGGAUAGAAUCCAACGAAGUCGAAGGGAACUUGAAAGAGAUAUUCCGACUAGGGAAGAAGUGGGAUUGCAUCUUGCUCAUGGAUGAAGCCGACGUCUUUCUAUCAGAGAGAACCCCAAUGGCUCUAGAGCGGAACGCCUUGGUCUCAGUGUUUCUUCGUGAGUUGGAAUACUUCGAUGGUGUUUUGUUCCUUACCACAAACCUCCCCGGUGGGAUCGAUGAAGCGUUCAAAUCGCGUAUCCAUAUCACUCUCUACUACCCGCAUCUCAACGAGAAACACACCAAGGAAAUUUGGAAGGUCAACAUGGACCGUCUGAAAAUCAUUGAAGAGCAACGUGCCAGUAUGAAUAACGAGCCGCCGCUAACCAUUAAUGAGCGUGGGAUCCGAAAGUUUGCAAAGAACCAUUUCCGGAACAAUAUGGACGGGAAGGGACGAUGGAAUGGACGUCAGAUCCGUAAUGCCUUUCUCAUCGCCUCUGCACUGGCGCAGUUCGAGAAGGCCAAACCAGGCGUUGCAACCACACCUAGCACAGAUCUCGAUGAUCCAUCUUUUGAUAUCAACCCACGACACUUUGAUGUCGUGGCCAAAGCGAGCUUGGGCUUUGAAGAAUACCUAGCCGAGGCCAAGGGCCGACUUGCGUCGGAGAUAAUGUUCCAACGAGGGCAGCGUGCAGAUUUCGUCCGGCCCUCGUCCGAGCAGCCCGCAGGAUCAUCGUCGUUCACAACCCACGCGCAUCACCUUCAGCCACAGAAGAGUCAGGACUUGUCAAGUGCUCCAGAUCCUUUCCGUCACCAGCAAGGCUGGAAUGAAGGCCCGUCAGGAUCAUACAGUCAUCAAAGCUCAAUGGAAGAGCAGAGUUGGACGCUCUCUGCGGGAAAUUCAUAUGGCGGACACCAAGGGCAUGGGGCACCGAUGCACCAGGGACGCCUGUUCCAGACCCCUCAACAUGAUCCGCGAAUGAGAUCCAACUCUAAUAUUGAUGGGAGCGCACAAUCACGCAGGGAUGUCGGUUUCCAGGGAUCGCCAUCCCCAUUUCAACCAAAUUACCAGCCCAACUAUACUGGUGGGAAGAUUAAUGUGAGCGCCGAACAAGACUCCGACUCGGAUUCUGAUGCAUAG